UGCGUAUACAGCAAUAAUAAUGAAGACGUAACAAGUCUAAUAUGUACAAUACAUGUACCAUUCAGGGCUCGAUACGCUCACGUGGCAUACACAGAUUAUUGCUUGAAUGGAUGAAUACGAAGGAGGUGUCAAAGAGAAGAAUCAGAUCCCACCCUUUGUCUUCCAACAGCCAUAGCAAUGUUUAAAUGUUCCAGUUACUUGGUUACAUAUCUUUUAAAGUAAUUGAAGAUAAAACGCGAUAUAAACAGUCAUUAUAGAUUAAAAGAAUGACUACAAAGUGCAAUACUCUCAAAAUAUUGAAAAUUCUGCUGGUAACAUGUUUAACUUUAGUCACAUUACAAUAUGUGAUCAACUUAGUUGCCUACAGUUAUGUGUCACGAUUUUUUGGAAUGGAGCUCAUGUUUCGUCAUAACAUAUCAUUAGUUCAAUACAUUCCAAUGUUUGGUAAACAGUCCAAGUCUUUUAGUUCUUUUAAUAAAAGUGUAUCUGUGAUCCCACCUUAUUCAGAAAGUGUUAAAAACUUGUUUCCCUCAAAUACAAGCCAAAUAAACAGAACUACUUUAAACCAAUCACCCACAACAGCACCCACAUCACCAAACAUAUCAUUACUUACCAAGGAACGAGUUACAAAUGAAUCCCUGCCAUUAUGUCCCUUAGUACCUCCAAAACUAGUUGGACCAUUAGCAACUUAUACCAACGCUAUCAGCUUUGAAGAAAUAUUGAAAAACAGUCCAAAUUUACAACCUGGUGGAAGAUAUAAACCAAAAGAUUGUGUAGCAAGACAUAAAGUAGCCAUUAUUAUACCAUAUAGAGAUAGAAUAACACACUUACAGAUACUGUUGCAGAAUUUACAUCCUAUACUAGAGAGACAGUUGAUUGAUUAUGGAAUAUAUGUUGUUGAUAUGACAUUACCAACCAGUUUUAAUCGAGCGAUGUUAAUGAAUAUAGGUUUUGCGGAAGCUUUGAAGAUAUAUGAUUAUCAGUGUUUUAUUUUCCAUGAUGUGGACUUAAUACCAGAAAAUGAUAGAAACUUGUAUACAUGUCCAGAAAGCCCUCGUCAUAUGUCUGUAGCUGUAGAUAAAUUUAAGUAUAAGUUACCAUAUGCAAGUAUAUUUGGUGGAGUGAGUGCCUUAACAAAAGAACAGAUGUUAAAAAUCAAUGGUUAUUCAAAUCUUUAUUUUGGAUGGGGUGGUGAAGAUGAUGAUAUGAAUGCACGGAUACAUCGGAAAGGUUAUAAAGUUAUAAGAUAUUCUGUUGAUGUGGCUCGAUACAAGAUGAUUAAACAUACACGAGAAAAAAGUAACCCUGUUAACCCUAAAAGGUAUAAGUUAAUUAAUACAGGUAAAGCUCGUCAAGAUAAAGAUGGUAUCAAUAGUUUAAAAUAUAAAGUGGAAAAAAUAGAAUUUUUACCUACAUAUACAUACAUAUUAACUACAAUUAAUCAGACAGAAGUUGAGGCUGGGUAAUUUAUGGAAACUGUGAUAUUUAAUAGUUUGAUAGGAUAAAUCAUAAUAUUAAAAGUUGAUUAGGAAGCUUUUUAUAUGUACAUAUUGAAAUGUGGUUGUAUAUUGUUAUCAACCCUGUCCGUCCGUCCAGCAUCCAAAAAUGCUUGUCAGAAACUUCCACAAAGACAGGUAACACAAACCAAUUACAGACUGUUUGAUGGGAUCAAUUUUGACUAAGUCAAAAUGAUGCAUUUGAUAUUCAGAUAAGUUGAUAUACAAUAAUUAAUAGAAUACAAUAUCAAAAAAACAUCGUUUUAUACACCCACAUUGAAAUGUGGUCGUAUAUUAUCGUCAUCCCCCGUCCGUCGAUCCGUCCACAAUAGCUUGUGGACGCUCUAGAGGCUAAAGUUAAUAUCCAAUUGACUUUAAAUUCAUACACAGUGUUUAAGGUCGUGAGACGAAGAAUUCUAUUGAUUUUCAACGAUUUCCGGUUAUUACUGCCAAAGUUAUGGCCCUUGAUCACUUUGAAAAAUCUUGUAGACGCUCUAGCGGCUAAAGUUAAUAUCCGAUUGACUUUAAAUUUAUACACAGUGUUUAAAAGGUGAAAUGAAAUGAAAUGGGGUUUAAAGUCCUACUGUUUUGCUCCUAAACUGGGCUAAUGAAGACGGGCAUACGCCAUACAGUGUGCUAUGAGGGAAAUUUUGCCCGGACAGCGCCGCUACGGCCUACUCUUGUAUCGAAUUUCAACUGCCAAGGGAUCUUUUACGUGCACGCCAAUUUGUACACAGGACCUCGGUUUUUCGUCCCAUCCGAACAACUAGACAGCUGUCCUUGUCAGGCCCUCCGUCCUGCAUCACUGACAAGGGGGAAACCACGCGGAAAAUCUGGAUGAACUUUCUCGGCCAAUGCAGGGAUCGAACAUCCGACCUCCAGGCUAGCGAGCCAGCGUCUUACCCACGUGAUCCCCUGUUUAAAAGGUCAUGAGAGGAAGAAUCUUAUUGAUUUUCAGCAAUUUCCGAUAAUUACUGCCAGAGUUAUGGCUCUUGACGGUCAUGAGACAACAGAGUCUAUUGAUUUCUGAUAACUUGAACAGCAAAAUUCAUGAUAUCGCAUGUUUUUUAUACAAAAAAACAAACAAAAUUCUAAUGAUUUCUGAUAAUUACUUAAUGAGAUGUUACUCUUAAUCAGUUUCUAGUGUUCUGUAAAUAUUUUCAUUACCGACAACCAUUGUGGGCGUAUGUUUCGAUGCCUGGCAACCUACCUUUGUAAGAUAUAUGUUGAUUGAACAAAUCAUUACUUCUUUCUAUGCUCAUAUUGAAUGUGGAUUAUAUUGUAAUAUUGUUAGUUUAACAAACGGGCUGCAUCUUACUCUGAUGGUGGCUUUGUAUCGAUGACAUCUGAGGUGGAUUCAAAUAUUGCUGCGAUGUAGUAUUCUUACCAUUACAAUGGAAGAUAAAUAAUGACAUUUACCUUUCCUGAUGUAAAAAUUUAUUUUGCUUCCCCCUUUUACAUAACCGAUAAGCAUUAUAUAUUUUUGUUUAAAUUGUUUUAACAGAAUUAUGGUAUUUUAAGCAUUAUUAGCAUUUUAAUCUACUAAUAUUUAAAAUCAAAAAUUAUGUAUUUUAUGGGCUAUAAUUGUUUUUAGAUUAUAUGCCCAAAUAAUUAACAUGUCUUCCCUUGGGAGUGGGAACUUGGGACCUCUACAUUACAUGUAAGAGUUAUUCUCUUUGUAUUUUCCAAGCAGGAACACUGUAAUUUGUAACAAACAAGAUCCACAGUGUUUUUGAUAUACCUUAAUUAAUAAUAAUGUAAUUAACUAAUAUAGUUGCUAAAGCAGUGGACACAUUAGCUGAAUCAUUCGGCCGAAUCAAUCAGCGACAAAUUUUAUUCUGCCAAAUGGGUGGACAAACUAGCCGAAUGCUUCGCCUGAUUCAACCUGUCAAUUGCAUCACCUUUCACGUCACAUGAUUAAACAUGGCGGCGUCUAUGUCUUCAAUCUAUCACGUGACUUCUCGAUAUGAGUGGUGAUUGGCUAAUGAAUUCUAUAUUCGGCCAAAUGCUUCGGUGAAGCGGACACACCUUUUUAAUUGACAAUGAUGAAAUACAAUCUAUUCUGUCCAGUUAAGCUGUGCUUUUCUAUUCUAUUCUUUUGAUUUAUCUUACUUCUAAAUAUUAUCCAAAAGCUUUACUUAUAAGCUUUAAAGGACACCGGAAAAGCUUCAUAAUUAUUUUUUAAAUAAUGCAAGUAAUUAUGUGUGGUUUAAUAGUCAAGAGCGAGAUAUUGAAACAACAUGAGGGACGUUAGUCCUGAGCUGUUGUUUCAAUAUAUUACGCAAUGUCUUAAGCUCGAGACCAUUAAACACCUUAAAAUACAGACAAUCGCACAUGCUUUGCAAUGAAAUAUGUCACACGAGUCCAAAAUUUCAACUAGUAUAAAUAAUGUAUCCUUGGCACAUUGCCUGUACCAUUAUUUGAAAUAAUGGCACACUAGUCCAAAAUUUCAACUAGUAUAAAUAAUGUAUGCUUGGCACAUUGCCUCUACCAUUAUUUGAAAUAAUGGUACGCCAACAUCAGAGUAUGACGUCCCAUCUCUAUUUUAAGUCAACAUAUCCUUUCCAUCAGUUUACCAUGAACCUAAAUUUACCUGCAACAGGUAAAUUUCAACGUUAGUAAUUUUAGUCCUUCUGCUCAUAGAAAUAUAGACUAGAAUAUGAGCAGAAGGACUAAAAUGAUGUCACAGAUUGUUUAUUGACGGAAAGUUACGACUUCUCAUGGAGAACAGGGGAAAUUACUAAUGUUGAAAUUUACCUGUUGCAGGUAAUAUUGACAUUAGGGUUCGUGUUAUACUUAUGGAAAGUAUAUGUUGACAUAAUUACUUGCAUUAUUUUUUAAAAAUUUGAAGCUUUUCCGGUGAUCUUUGAUAGAACUUUUAUAAACGUUUAUCUUUAGAAAACUUAUAUUUUAUACUUGUAUAAGCAUAAAUAAAUUAUUCCAUUGUUUUUCUUAACAAUUUAUAAAUAACUAAUGUUUUAUAAUGUUAUUUAUCGUAUCACAUUAGGGAUUAUGAAUGUUUUUAAAAUUUAAUUGAAAUGAUUAAUAAACUAUUUAUUAAAUGAAUACAUAAUUUCAGAACAGAUCCAGGUUGGUCUUAGUUGUAUCUUAAAAGAAAUUAUCUAAUUCUAUGAUUACUUAUUUAAAGUUAUAAUGUACGUCAAGUCCGUUGAUACUUAAUGCCAAAACAGACACGGGUAGGUCUUAAUCAUUUUUUGAACAGAAUUAUGUGAUUAUAUAUGUGGUGAUUACAUGUUAAAACAGAUCCUAGUGGUCUUCAUUGUGAUGUGAAAGACAUUUGAAGAGUCCAGGGGAAGAACGAUCUAAGUCACAUUUUUGUCUUUUCGCAUAAAAGGCAAAACAGACUUUUGGACAAAAAUGUUUGAUGGGAACAGAACGACGAGUGGGUUUGAUUACAACUUCAAAAUGAUGUUUAAUACGAAUCAUAAUUACCAGUACAACUGACUUCAACUUUUCAGGCAAAUUAAGGUUAAAUAAAGGGUACGAUGGACUUGUAUUUGUCUGGGAGCCAUUUAAGAAGGGCCUUGGUUCGAUGUGACUCCAAUUGUUUUUACCUGAAAUAGAUUGUUCCACAGAAAGCUUAUACAAUUUGCUACCAGAUGGCGCCAUUAACUGGAGUUCAUUGAAAAAGUGACUUAGAUCGUUCUUCCACAGGGCUCUUCAUUUAUGUAAUUAUGUGAUAAUUUAUUUUUUGAAGUGGUAAUGUACAUAAUUACUGUUAAUAGUCAUCAGUACUUGUAUAUUAAUUUUAAGUGAGAGUCCUGAAAUUUCAAAGAGUUCAUGUUCCAAAUUGUUUGUAGAUGUUACUGCUGAUUGGCAAAUGUAUCUGUAUUAUAUUAAAACUGUGAACUAAUUACAUGUACUAAUGUGCAAUUUCGGAAUCUUAUAUAAGAUUACAUGACAAAUCUCAUAUCAUUUGUUAAUGUUUUACAGUAUGAUAGUAAUAAUUAAAUAUCUGUGCAAAUAGAUUUAAAUUUAAGGCUAAAAUGUUGUUGUAUUGUCAGGAUGUUAAACCCCAUUUCAUUUUUGUUGUAUGGUCUUCCUACUAUUCAUAGUUUACUAUCAUUUAUUUUCAUAUAGGAAUAAUUCCCUCGUAAUUGAGAUAGUGACCAAAACCUCCUUAUUUUCUGAUUAAUUUUGAAAUCUUGUUUUCAAAGAUGGUUAGCAAGCUUCAUAUAUUCUCCUUACACCCAAAUCUUUUGACCAAUGGGUGGGGCAGGGGGAGAGAGUGUGGUCGUUGGAAAUCCUUCAUUAAUUUUUAUGUCCAGUUCCCACUUUUUGGGUGGUGUGUGUGUGGGGCUGAAAGAGUGCGCUGCCGAGUCAUCUGAAUAGGAUGGAAAAUCUGUAAUCUGUUCAAUUACGUCCCAUUCAAAGGACUGCUAAGGCACACUUAAAGGAGCUAAGUCUCUAACUCAAUAUUUUCCAUGAUAUUCGAAAUUAAAAACAAAUAGAAUUCAAUAUUGAUCAGUUUCAAUCAGUAUUGGGUGUUAUCUUGUCGUGAAACUAUAAGAUCCUAAUAUCCAAUAUUUAAGACGCAAUUAACAUUUUAUAAUCAGUACACGAGUCGUGUACUCUAUGGUUUCGGGUGCCAUUUUGUAAUGAACAAAUAAAAACAUAGCCUACAACACAAUGUGGAAGUAAUUAGUAACGACUGAUUCACAAACAACAAAAUAAUAAGAAUGCACUCAGCAGGCAUAAAAUAUUGUCGUUCAAUUUGAACUUUACAAGUAUUUCACCGAACAUAAUUUAUUAGAAAUUAUCACUUUACAUACAUGCAUACUACCACUCUCCACACAAGUCUCGCUAUCCAGCAUUCGACUCUGUCCAAAGCUCAGCAGUAAACUGGUUGACCUAGAGGUCAUUGUUCAAGUGAUUAACUACAUGAUGAAAAUGACAUCUGUCAGAAAAGUUCCUGCGGUUAUAAACACUUGAUGAGUUUUAGUCAGAGUUCCCUGUAAUAUUUGUAUAUACAUUGUUACUUUGCAAUCGUGACCCCAUUUCUAUUUAAAUAUGGUAAUAGUAUUAAAUAUAUUAUCAUUUAUUUGUUUUAAAUCGUAUUGUUUAUCAUUGUCCAUCAACACCAAGAAUCUUGGUGGCGUAGUCAAAUGAGCUGUUAGCAGAGAUUGUUUGGACUGCAAGGGAAGACAACUCUGUUUGGGAGAUUGUCAUACUACAUUAAUAUGUGCUUUUAGAACCAAUUUUUUCUAUUUCAAGUUUCCAAAAAAUAGAGUCCUACACCCUUUAACUUGUCAUUAUCACAGGUGCCACCUCUUACAAUUUGAAGGCUGGGCUUGAAAAAUUAUUUCCUAUGGUCCUCAAGAAUUGCUUAUGUCAUUGUCAUGUAGAAGAAUGAUAUAAUUUAUUAAUUCAUUGUGUAUAUUUUAUUACAUUAACCCAUUAUCUAUGUAUUGGUACUAACUGGCUCAUAUACAUGUAUCUUUUUAUCCCUGUUUAUGUAAAGUACAUUCCUGAAUAAAUAUUUUAAUUAACAUUUU